UACAGAUAUUGUGGAUGCUUUAUCAGAUCCAAAGAAAUUUUUGUCUAUCACAGAAAAAAGAGCAGAUCAAAUGAGAGCCAUGGGUAUUGAAACUAGUGAUAUAGCUGAUGUACCAAAUGACACUUCAAAGAAUGAUAGAAAAGGAAAAGCCAAUAAUGCCAAAGCAAACGUAACACCUCAGAGUAGCUCUGAACUUCGACCAAGCACCACUGCAGGCUUUGGAUCUGGGACUGACACUAAGAAAGGUAUAGACCUUAUUCCUCAAGUGAAGAUAGAAGAUUUAAAGCAAAUGAAGGCUUAUAUAAAGCAUUUAAAGAAACAGCAGAAAGAGCUGAAUGCCUUAAAGAAGAAACAUGCAAAGGAGCUCAGCGCGAUGCAGAAGUUGCACUGCACACAAAUUGACAAAAUAGUGGCACAAUAUGAUAAAGAAAAGGUAUCAUAUGAGAAAAUGUUAGAGAAGGCAAUCAAGAAGAAGGGAGGAAGUAAUUGUCUUGAGUUGAAGAAAGACACAGAAAUUAAAAUUCAGACGCUAACAUCAGAUCACAAAUCUAAGGUCAAAGAGAUUGUGGCGCAGCACACUAAAGAGUGGUCUGAGAUGAUCAAUACGCACAGUGCCGAAGAGCAAGAAAUCCGUGAUUUACACUUGAACCAACAGUGUGAACUACUGAAGAAACUGCUGAUGAAUGCUCAUGAACAACAAACCCAGCAGCUAAAAUUUUCACACGACAGGGAAAGCAAGGAAAUGCGUGCCAACCAGGCCAAAAUAUCUAUGGAGAACAGCAAAGCCAUAAGCCAAGACAAAUCUAUCAAAAAUAAAGCUGAAAGAGAGAGGCGAGUCAGAGAACUGAACAGCAGCAACACAAAAAAGUUCCUGGAAGAAAGAAAAAGGCUGGCAAUGAAGCAGUCAAAGGAAAUGGAUCAGUUGAAAAAAGUUCAGCUUGAGCAUUUAGAAGUCUUGGAGAAGCAGAAUGAGCAGCUUUUGAAAUCCUGUCAUGCAGUGUCUCAAACACAAGGCAAAGGAGAUGCAGCAGAUGGUGAAGCUGGAAGCAGAGAUGGAUCGCAGGCCAGCAACAGUGGUCUAAAGCCUCAACAAGCAAAUUGAAGUUGGAGAACACAGCAUCCUUAAAAUGAGAGCAAAAUUCAAAACAAUGUUGCUGAGGUUGAAAAGUGGGCUUUUAAAAUUUUUUUUAAAUUUUUGUUUGUUUGGUUGGUUUUUUUUUUUGUUUUUAAUAUAUAAAGUGUAGCUACGGACCACCAAGUCUUAAGUUUGCAUUAUUUCUUUUUUAACACUGAGCACUGAAUUUCCUUUGUUGGAUUUCCCUAAGAGUUUCCUUUGUUCAGAAAAACACUAAUCAGAAGAUGAAGACAGUUUUUUAAACCCAGUCCUGUAUUCCUUUCUGUAUCUCAACGGGCAGCUUGCCUGCAUCAGAAUUACACAGUCAGAGCCUUGAAACACAACAGAUAUUUUUAACAUCAUCUCAGAUGGCAACAAAACUGUAGUCAAGUCAUGUUAUUUACCAUUUGUGUUCUCAUUUGUGAUAUACUGUGUAGAAACCCCAUGCUGCCAGAUCCUGACAAGCAACAAUGCGUCAGAUGCUUGGCACCUGAUGUCAUCGAGCCCACUGAACUGGAUCUUCUGCUAAGUCACUGCAAUAAUCAGUAUAGUAAGGAGCUGAGUUUGGGCAAUUUAAAAUUAUAUUUCAAAGUAUUUUUCAGGGAGCAGACAGCAGGCAGUUGAAAGUUAAUUGCGUAUAUUCAAAAGUACAAUAUGUACAAAGUCAUUGGCCAAAUUCAUCAACUGUAACAGUAACUGGACAGGAUAUUUCUGCAGUUCAACAAUGUCAUUCACAAGUGCCAUAUCAACUCUAUGUCUGAAAGAAGCCGAUAUCCUGUGAAAGCUACUGCAACAGUUAGCAUGAGGGAAAUACAGUGUAUUUGUGCCAAAACUAAUCAGUGCUCUAAGGAAUUACGUAUCAGGCACUUAAAGAAAAGUUUACGUCCUACAUUGCUUGUAUAGAAAUUGCAUUUUGACCCUGUUGCUGCAGAUCCCGGAUACUACAGUUCAUUGUAACUUAAAGAUUGUUUAAAUGGCUUUUGGCAAAAAGUUUCUAACUGUGAAAAUGUAAAAAGUAUUUAUACACUUCAGAAUCACAACAUUGUAGAAAAUCACAUACAUGUGACCACAUGAUAAAAUUAGUAAACAAAUGCUAAGAGUAUGUUUGCAUGUGAUACAAAUGCUUUUAAGACUGUACUGCCUACUAUAUGACCACAGUCAUUCUACUUAGCUAGUAAAUACUGAAUAAAUGUAUGGCACAGAAUAUUGUUUGAUUAAUUACAAAGACUUUUAGCAUAACAAGGUCUCUAUAUAUAUGUGUGUAUAUUAAUUAUGUGGGCAUUCUUGAUACUUGUAGUAAAAGAAAAUACAUAACUAAUUUAAUUUUACACAGAAGUAUUUAUGCAGAUUUUCAGAAUUUCAUAUCAGGAAUAACCUUUUUAUGUCCAUUAGAUAUAAAACCAAUUUGCUAAUGUGUUAAUUUGCACGUUUCCAGAGCUUGCUGUAGUUAUAUUGCAAAACGAUGCAUGUGAGCAUUCCGCUUGGAAUUUGUCCAUGCUGCCAAUUCAAAGAUGACUGCAUGGAAAACUGGUAGUUUAGAACAAAUCAGAUUCCUGAUUUCAAUGUACUAAGCACCAAUUACUUUGUUGUAUAUGCUUGUACAAACAAAUUACAUAUUCCUAUAAACAAAAUAAAUGAAGAGAAAUAAUUAUGUUGUCAGUCCUGAGAUGAAACUUUCGACUUCUCUAAUAAAAACCUUAAAAAUUC